UGAUUCGAUUGCUUUCAUUUCAUUUCAUGAUAUUAUUCUCUUGAGUCUUGCAAGUGUUGCAAAAUAUAUUAUAUUGUUUAUAAAGUUCUGAUCGUAUUGUAAUUGUGAUAUUAAAAUAACUCCAAUUGUGACGCAAGUAAAAUUCCUAAAGAAGAAGAUAAAAAUUCACACGCACUACAAAGUAAGUAGGUGUAAUGCAUAAAAAUGUCAGCAAAAGCGGAAAAUGAUGAUGACUCAUUUAUUAUCAUCCUUGGUACUUCCCCUGGAGCUAGUAUGGAUGUGGAGAAGUGCAAUGGUGUUGUGAAUGGGGAAUUGGAUAAAUCACAGAUUGAGGAUGCUAUGAAAGACCUGUCUGUAGAAGCUAACAUGGCAUUUAAGGCACAGUUCCAACUUGGCGAUAGUCCAUCUCCAGCAAGCAUGAUGGUUGCAAGCACACUAAUAACUGACGACAGAAGUACAGAGGAACUCCAAAAGCGAUUUGGUGAGCUUUUAGAUGAGAAUGUAGUUCUCAAAGAGACACUGAAGCAGAAUAACGACUCGAUGAAGGAACAGUUCAUGUUGAUUGCAUCCUGCCAAGAGGACAUGCUCAGGACUCACAGACUUCAUAAGGAAAAGUUUGACGAGACUAGGGAACUGGUUGAGAGGCUAAGGCAAGAAAACAAGCAGCUCAAGCUUGAUAUAUCCCGUGUGUCAGACAGUGAAAUCCCUAUCAACAGUGAAACAGGAGAGAGUAAGUCUGGUGCCUCUUCCGGAGUGGAGUUCGUCACUUCACCGGACGACGAUACCAUUGACAAACUCACCGCGCAGCUAGAACUAGUGGAGAAACAGAGGAGACAGGUUAUUGUAGAAAAUGAAAAGCUAUCAUGGCAGAAGGAAUCGUUGGAACACAUAGUUGAUGCCACAUCCAAAGAAAGGGAUGAUGCUAAGGAGAAAUUGAAAAAUGUUGAGCUGCUACUAUCCAACAAGGAGAGUGACCAUGCUCAAGAGCUACAGAAACUACACUUUAUUAUAAAUGACCUGCAAGCUAAAUUGAAAUCUAUGAGCGCCAAUGUAUCGUCAGAAGAACUAGCCAAACGAGAUGCAUACAUACAGCAGCUGGAGACUAAGCUUUCCACUCAUCAGAAUGAACUUAAGAAGGCGCAAAUUAAAAUAUUAGACUUGGAAAAUAUUAAGUUGGAGUUCACACAACACAAGUCCGGCGUAGCGGAGACGACAAAGAUGUACAAAGAGCAGAUACAGGAUCUUAACAACAGGAUAAAAGAAAUGCAGACUGUUGUGUUUCAUCCAGUGCAUUUCUCUAUGAGCACGGAAGGCGAUUCACUAUCAGAAUACGCGAGCUACGCGUCGAACGUCAAAGUGUAUGACAGAACGCUCAAACAUCUGUCCGAGUUUCUCACCAACUUGACUAAAGGUUUAUCAGAUAGUCUGGUCCACACAUUGGGAGUUAUAGCGAGUUUAUACGACUUCAAGUUGGAAAGAUGUUCGGCGGACCGAGUCAAAUCGGGGCUGGCUGAAGUGAGGCAGAUGAUAGAGCGACAACACAGCGAGGCCUUGACUAACAUAAGCCAAGUGCGGGGCACGCUGUCAAUAUUUGAAGGCAUCUUCAAAGACUAUACAGAUCUGCUGAAGAAAUCUUUGGCAAAGCCAGAGCCUAAACCUCAAUCGCAAAGCGUGGAGCAACUAACAGCCGCAUUGGUUGCUCGAGGACAAGAGUUACAAGCCUUGGAAGCUGAGUUAGCCGCCCUCAAGAACUAUAAGGACGACUGCGAGCUUUUGAAAGCGCAAGUCGACUUGUACAAGUGUGACUUCGAGGCGGAGCGAGAGUCCCGGCAGAAAAUGGCGAGCGAGAAAGAGAACGCGCACACCGACCUGCGCACUGCGCAGCGCAAGAUACAGGAACUCACUGCGCAGUUGGAAGAAAUCCGCAUCCUAAGCCCGGGUCUACACAAAAGCGUGACCACAAAAAAGGCGCCUUCACACCCCGCGACCCCCGCGCGUAGCCCGCGACCAGCUCCCGCGACCACUGCCGCAGCCACUACGACUACAGGCAACAUGGUGCGCAAAAAGAAGAAAAUAGAAGCCAAACCCAUAGAAGAACCUCAACCGCGUGAAAAAACGCCGCCUCCGCUGCGUUUCGACUGCCCCGUGUGCGACCAGCCUUUCAAGAGCCUCAUAUUGUUACAGCAACACGUUGACUCGUGUUUACUAUAACGUCACACACAGUUAGCGUCAGUUAUGGAACUACUAACAAAACCUCGAGAUUUCGAAUGGCAGGUGUCAAAUGUUAGUUUUUGACGCAGGUAUAGCCCUAAAGUAGCCCUACCACACUUAUAUGAUAUAGGUGAAAGUUUUUGUGUUUGUGUUUAUGUUUGUUACUCUUUCACGCAAAAACUACUGGACGGAUUUAGCUGAAAUUUGGAAUGGAUUCUAUCUGAUGACACCCUGGAUUAACACAUAGGCUACUAUUAUCCCGGAAAAUCCAAGAGUUCCCACGGGAUUUUUAAAAACCUAUAUCCACGCGAAUGAAGUCGCGGGCAUCAGCUAGUUUUUGUAUAAUUUGACGUCACCAUAGCCUAAUAUUUGACAAUAUCGUCGAAUCAGGAUCAAACCGUGAGUUCCCUCACUGUAUUGCACUCUGGUUAGGAUUUAAUUAAGUUGCCAAUAAGGUUUAGGAACAAUUAACCGUGGUUUAGACAUCGGUAUCUCGCAUUUGUUAUUUAAUUAUGAUAAAGAUGUUAAAAAUAAAAUAAAAUGUUUGCUCGAAUAUGGUUACAAAAAAGAUACAAUUACAGUACUACCACUUUUAUAAGUUAUGUCGAUGUACCUGCGCAGAAAACUUAUUUUCGAGUGGUGCGAAAAUAUCUCAGCCAAUCAUGGCGCUCGUGGUAUUUGUGGUUGCCUACGCGCAAUGUUUUACCAUGUACGCGCGAGAUAUGAGCGAGAUAGCACGAGUCUCUGUCUUGUUCUUGUGUUUAUAGGGUCUGUAUUUUAUUGGUGCAUUCGGUUUUAUCGACUUUAGAUUAGUGUGUGAAUUGUGAUGCAAAUAAGUGUAAUAUAUUCUUUAAAUUGAAAGAAAUAUAAAUAAAUAAAUAAAAUAAAAGUGGUAGUACUUAUAUUUGAUCAGUCCCAACUUAUGUACAAUAGUAUUUGUAUUUGUUACGUAUAAUAAAUAAAACUGUUGUGUUCUACUCCAAAUCUAUGGUUAUUAGUGUAGUGGAAUAAAAUAUUUAUAUUGUUUU